AUGGGAUAUGGCCUCCGGCUCGUCUGGCCUGACAUACCAGACGGCCGCAGGAAAUCACCCAAACUCUCCCUGCAGCACCACACGCACGGCCAGCUGCAGGCGUCCGGAUUGUAUUACGGCCAGCAGUUUCUCAACAUUUCAUUCGACGACAUCGAGCAGAACCGUCAGGAUGUCAGCACCUUAACUCUCCAGGACCACCACGCCCGCCCUCAGCAAGCCCUGAGGCUUCAUCCCGAUUUGGUGGGCCACGAAGUCGAGUUGCUCGGCUAUUACGAACACAAGAUCUCCCGCAUGAUCUCUACUGUCGAUGCCAACAACGGUUUCCGCCUCGAGCUCAUCCCCAUAGCCGUCAACGGCCCCAGCUUUGCCGCCAAGGCUCUCCGCAGUGCCAUUCUCGCCCUGUCAGCAUACCACCGCUAUGGCCUUGGGGCUGCCCUGCCAUACAAGAUCCAGGCCCUCCGGCUCUUGUCCCACUCGCUGGACAAGGAGUCCUUCGCCGAUUUGCCGCCCAUUGAAUCCCAACUCGCGGCUUCCAUGAUGCUUUGCGUGUACAACGUUUUUGACGAGGCUGAGGGCAAGUGGCAUCUCCACUUGAACGGCUCAAGAAGCUUGCUGCACCGCUAUGCCGACAUGAGAGGCGGCCCGCUCGACUAUGACUUUCUCAACACGUGGUUCCUGUAUCACGAAAUACUGGGCUCUUUCAGCCAGCCACACAAGCACAAUUAUGAGGGCGCGUCAUCACUGGAACUGCUCCAGGGAAGCGAUUGCGACAAGACCCUCAUUAUAGGCUCCCUUGGCUGCUCCGUCGAGAUUAUGGAAAUCAUCCAUCACAUCAAUCAGCUGCGAUACCCAGCUGCACAGAAAUUCCACGAGAAGAGCGGCAGAUCCGAGCUACCAUCCGUGAUGUGGACAUGCCAGGGCCUACAAGACAGGCUCAGCAGGCUGAAUCAACGGCUGCCACCCGAAAUCGAAAUGCAGUCGACCAGGGAGCAGACAAAGGUUCGCUUGACAGCCGAGCUCUACCGAAUCGCUGCCGUCCUGUACCUGCGGGCCGUCUGCCCCAACAUAGACGCCACGAACCAGACGCCAAUGUGGCUUCAGGCAGGUUUCAGAGUCCUCGAGAACCAGGAAAUCUGUACGAGCCCUUGGCCCUUGUUCGUGGUCGCUUGCGAGUCGCAGAUGGACGACCAGAGGAUCAUGAUCCUGCGGACACUGGACCGCAUGGAUGCGGAUCGGAAAAUCGGGAAUGUGUUCGUCCUGAGGAAUCUGAUCGAGAAGUACUGGAAGCAGCAAGACCUCCAGGCGGACGGUGACCGAGCAAAGCCGUUGAAGUGGUGGGAGCUGAUGAGCUUCGACACUGCUGCGCCGUGGUUUAUCUGA